AAAAAAGAAAAAAAGGUGGGGUUGAGUUUGAUUGAAAAAAAUGAGAGGCAACUCGAAGAGGAGAAUUGGUGUGGGAGGAGCGAAGACAGAUAGAAAUGGUGGCAAUCUCACUCUACCGAGGAAACCUUCACAGAGUGCCCGACGUUACUCGCCGAUGGCUAAUGCCAACCAAUGGUAUUUCCCUUAAAGAUUUCCGUUCUCUCCUCUCCCGCCGUUCUGCCGCCUUAUCUCGCCUCCGCUCUGCCGCCGGAACUUCCUCCAACCCUAACCCCAUUCUUCACAAAGUGAAGCUGGAGAAAGAAGAAGAACCCACCAACGCCAUUGGCUGUCCCGCUCGGCCUCAAGAGGAGCAGCCACCGAAGGUGAUCAAUCCUGAAGAGGAGGAGGAAGAGGAGAAGCCUGCUCUGAAUGGGAAGGGCAAAGAAGGAAAAGGGUCGGAUGGUGAUGACUGUGUUGCGAAAUCGGUGGGUGUGUCUGGAUCUUCGCCUGGUUCUAACCCUAUCGUGCCGGGGAAUGCUUCUGAUCCCGCGGAUGGCCAUGGCAAUUCCCAGGGUGAAAAGGCCGUGGCGGUUUCGCAAAACCCUAAUUUGGAGGCAAACAAAAAUGUGGAUGCAGUAAAUGAUCAGGAGAAAAGGAAAAGGGAGAUUGAAGAGAAGUUGCAAAUUUUGAAUGCAAAGAAGCAUAAUUUAGUACAAGUGCUGAAGCAGAUCUUGAAUGCAGAAGAGGAAUUGAAGAGACGGAAUAACAUGCAAGGAAUGACAAUUCGCCCAUCUGGUCCACUUCAUAUUGAUACUACAAAUGACUCUGGAUCAUUGACUCGUCAAGUUACUCCCAGGUUGGGUUCAGAUGCAAACCUUGGUGGUGAGAUGGAAGGUGGUGAACCUGAUGAUAUUUCAAACCAUAAUAUGCAUUCUCGCCAUUUGCUUCGAAUGAGCAGUACAUCACCGUCUUCAGAUUCUCCUCUUAGAAGGCCUUACAUUCAACAUAAUGCAGUUCCACAUCCAUCACGGGCAACUGGUAGUCCAUCGCGCUUUGCACCCAUAGUACACCAAAGUCAUCCUGCAAAUCUGCCUACUGUAUCUGUAUCAGGGACAAAUUACAUUGCCUCCUCUCCUUCCCCUGCAGCAUCUGGUGGUACUUCAGUUUUUCGAGAUGCUCGGCUGCCAAGUCCAUGGAAUUAGAAACUAUUCUGCAUGCAGUCUGGAGGUUUCAUGCAAGCAUUAUCUUUGGUACCUUUGAUUUAGCAUGGAAUCUUUGUUGAACACUGUUGCUACCUUUUCGUAGUUUUUUAUGUAGUGGGACAAGAAAACCUCUUUCUAGUGUCAAGUUCUUGGCUCAUUAGGUCUUAAAAGAAUUGAAACUGGAUGUAAUCUGCUAAUUGUUUUUUUGUUUUUAUUUUAUUUAUUAAAUUCAAUUCUGAAUAGAAGCAGCUCAAAGGUAAACUAGUUCAUGAAUCAUCAGUUCCAAUGUUGUAAAAAUCCCCAAAUUUAAAGAUUCUUACAAAUUUUAAGCUGUAAAUAUUGUCCAAAGAAAUAAUGUCUUGAGUGGGUUGUAGAUCUUCUAUUCUCUAGAAUUUUAUGAAUUUUGAUCACUGUAAAUGCUACUUUUUAAUGAUAUCAUUCUUUGCUCCCUAACUUCUUCUGCUUCAAGCUUUGUCUGAAAGGUACUUGAUGAGACCGUUUCAUAGAUUACAUUGUGUCAUACUUUGUUUUCUUAGAAGUUUCUGAACCAUGUUCCUUUACUAAAAACAUGAAGCAAUUUACAAGUAAUUCUUCUAAAGUGCAGGUAUUCACCAAUAAUUUGAGGGGGAAUUAAGGUUGGUUCCUUUAUGAUACUGUUGAAAGUAACUCUCAUGCAUUAUAUAUUGUUUAAAGCAAUGUUCCUUGUCUCUUUAGAUUGUUUAAAGUAACGUAAAGUAACCUUUGGUUGUGAUAGAAUGGCAUGUGAAGGUGGUAAAUCUGACACCACAUGUGUUCUGAUUUAAAUAUGAGUAGAAGAUGAUUAUUGGUCUUGUUUUUGCUGUUGCGUAUGCUUUUGGUUGUAUUUGCUUCUCAGUUUUGUUUAAUGUUCUCUCUGCAACUUCAUGAUGGUUGUUACUGGUAAGGCUUCUAUUCCAAAUUGGUAUUGAAGGACACAAAGUGGUAAAAUAUAUGCAAGACCAAGGGAGCUAUAUUCUUCUCUAUGAAACAUAUAGUUAUGGUCAUUUGAUCCUGCCUUUUCGGCGUGUCAGUGGUGUGCAUUGACCCCAUUCCUAUGCAUGUUAGCUCUGUCCUUUAUUUAUUUAUAUAUAUAAUUGGAUGGAUCAAUUUCUGGUAUCAGUAUCUUCAACUUUGGAUCUUAACGUCAAGCUUUUAAAUCCGGAUUAUUUCGUCAUGAUUAUUGGAUUGUUGAUUGAUUGAAGGCCCCAAUUGUCUUGCCUACAAUAGAAACUAACCAUGAAUUCCCCCAACCCAAAAGGAGUACCUCCCAGGCAUACAUAAUUUUGAUGACUUCCUUUUUCUCUGGGCUUCCACAGUCGAUCUCCUUAGCUAUGAUGAGGGAAUCCUGCAAAAUUUCAAUGUACUUGUGCACUUGGGGCACACUGCCCCAUAAAUAAAAGCCCCAACUAAGCAAAUUUCAAACUUUUUCUAGCUUCAAGUGCAAAUUUCAAACUUUUUCUCUGUGCUUGAGCCAUGUACCCCGUAAGUGUUUUAAUUCAUAAAUCAGGUUACACGUGAAUGCGAUUGGAGACGGGGCAGGGCUCCUGUGCUGCAAAUUUGUAUUUGGUCUGGAUGUAUUAAAAAUGAAUAAAUAAAAUCCCAAUUCUUGUUGGAGAAAAGGUAAGUAGAUAACAGUCAACUGACCGCAAAACAGACCUCUCCUCUUCCGUCGCUGCAGCAGCAUAUGGUAGACCGUAGACCAAACAAAGAAAGCCGUGACUCAUCACAUAAGUCCAAAUCCAUUGAACCCCACCACCCCCUAACCAAACACCUCCCAGGCAGCCAGGCUUCCACCAUUUCCCCUCAUUUAUCCACAAAAUCCCACGCCACCCCACCCACAGGUGCAUCUUAGAAGCUUCAGAUCCCAAGACAUCCAUGGAUCCCACACGCAAAAAGCACCCCAAAUCCUCCUCCACCCCCUCCUCCACCUCUGCUCUCUCAGAUCCCUCUGCCCACAAAAUCUCAAACCAUUUCUCCCGGCACAGACUCCACACUUCCCUUAAACCCAACAAUCCGCCGCCUCGUGUGGACACCCGUUUGCAGGCUAAGGCCAUGACAGUUUCCCUCAUAGGUGCUGACUCCUCCAAUGCUUUUAUCAUCAAGCCAAACCGCAAGCACGCAGCGCCUGCAGCAAAAAUGGAUGCACCACCCCCAGCUGAAAGCAAGGAGAGGCUGAAGAAGUCUCCAGUGAAGAAAGAAAAGGAGAAGAAAGAAUCUCAGGACAGGCGCGAUAUCAAGAAACUGUCCUCUAAAGAAGUCAAUGAUAUCAACAAAGUAUUGAAAGUAGCCAAAGAAAAAGAAUCUCAACAGGGACAUGGACAUGAUAUCAUGAGGCGGCCUUCUUUUUCUCUUGGCAGGAGAAGAUCUUUCUGCUGCUCACAAGUUGAGUUAGCUGGUUUCUUGGCCAGCACUGGGGUGAAAGUUGUGUCUGUUGACAUGCCACCCUUUAUGCAGAUCCAUGCUGUGGAUUGUGCAAGGAAUGCUUAUGACAGCUUGGAGAAGUUCACUUCCAAGACCCUUGCCAUGACUCUAAAGAAGGAAUUUGAUGGGGUAUAUGGACCAGCAUGGCAUUGUAUUGUUGGGACAAGCUUUGGGUCCUUUGUAACACAUUCAGUUGGAGGGUUUAUGUAUUUCGCAAUGGAUCACAAGUUGUAUAUCCUCUUGUUUAAGACCGCUGUACAGAGAGCAGAUUGAGGUGGACAACUUGGAAGCUGGAUCUCACAGCUUUCUGGUAUAGAAAAAUUUUGAAAACCAAGAGCCAAGCAAGCACUAGUGCUGUCUCCUCUGCAGCUUGUACAUGGUUUUUCUCAGGAAUGCAUAGAAGACUUCUCUCUUUCCAUUGUUCUCUUGUCAUCAAAAGAAACCUUUUUGAGUUGUAUACUUUCAGGGUUUAGAUAUAUAUAAUAUAAUAACCCAUUUACUACCA